GUGCACGCUGACACCUCGUGCACGGUCUCCUCUUCCCACACCGCCAUCUUCAAAAACCCACAACCUCAUCAAAUUUCCACCAAAUUGCCUAAGUAAUGGCUGGAAUUGAAGCUGCACUCGCAGAGCUUCGUCUCAACCCCAACAGGAAGAUCCAGGAUGUCGCUACUGAGCAUGGUGUUAACAGAAGCACCCUUUCUAAGCGCCACCGGGGAAAGACUACUUCCAAAGAGAAUAGCUACAAUUCUCAACAGUUGCUCAAGCCAGGGCAGACUCGGGCUCUUAUCAAGUAUAUCAAUGACCUCUCAGAGCGUGGGCUUCCUCCAACACAAGCUAUGGUGCGCAAUAUAGCUCAAGAGAUUGCUGGCAAAAGGCCCGGUGGAAAUUGGGUUUCUCGAUGGGUCAAACGCAACGAAAAACACCUCAAAUCAGCAUACCUCAACCCCAUCGACAAAGCAAGGAAAAGGGCU